AUGUCCAACAGAGGCGAGCCAAUUAUUCCCGUGGAGAAGAGUUGUUCAAUUUGUAAAUCCCCUGAUAACAGUCGGAUGGUGGCAUGUGAUGAGUGUGGGCUGUGGUUUCAUUUCGAGUGUGUGAACGUUAAUCAGAGCAUCCAGGACCGUGAUUGGAGUUGUGACAAGUGUACAGCACCCAGAGCUCAAAUCCCAGUCGGAGCUUCUACGCCAAUCGCCGGUGUUUCCGCUGCCACACAAAUGCAACAAACCGAAUGUAAUAAUCAGCUUGUGAAGCAAAUUGAAUCGUUACACUUGAGAUUGAAUGAACAACAACGAGCGUUUGAAAAAGUACUGCAACAAAGAAAUAAUCUUGAAAUUGAAUUGAAUGCGAAGGUUGAACAGAUGCAGAAUAAUGUUGGGCAACGUAACGCUAGAUUAACAGGUGCAAUUCCUAAAGCCUGUUCAACUAUGGUGCCUGACCAAUCCGAAAAAUUACUCGAGCAAGAACUAAAGCUUCUAGAAGAGAAGCAAUCGUUAGAGAAAAGACACAUCGAAGAGCGUAUGGCGCUGUUACAGCGUAGGCGUGAAGGAGCAGCAAUUCCAACAGCGGAAGCAAACUAUUUCAGACCCAUCAUGGUGGUAGUAGGACGAAGAGUGGAGAAACGCUGGGGAGUAUUAUUGACCUGCUUAACAAUCCGUGCGAUUCACAUCGAGAUCGCACAUUCUUUAACAACUGACUCGUGUAUUCUCGCUGUGCGGAAUUUUAUUGCACGUAGAGGAUCUCCUAUUGAAAUCGUCAGCGAUCGUGGUACAAAUUUUAUUGGCGCUAGCCGCGAAUUACGUGCAGUCCUACAACAACUUAGCCAAGAGAGGAUGAUGGAGUACUUCGAGGGUCCGGACACCAAGUGGACCUUUAAUCCGCCAGCUUCACCGCACUUUGGAGGUUGUUGGGAAAGAAUGAUUCAGUCGGUUAAAAAGGUGUUGAACCAGAUGAAGUUCCCUCGACAUCCUACUGAUGAGAUCCUGCAAAAUAUGAUGAUAGAAGUGGAAAUGAUGAUUAAUUCACGCCCACUCACUCAUGUACCGUUAGAUGAUGAAUCCUGUUUUCCAUUGACUCCUAACCACUUUUUAAUGGGCUCGUCUAAUGGUAGUAAACCGUUGAUCCCCUUUGACGGCAGUUCAACGAUGCUGAAGAAAUCCUGGAAGAUGUCCCAAGUUUAUGCCAACGAAUUUUGGAAGAAGUGGAUUUCUGAAUAUCUUCCAACCUUGACACGAAGAACAAAAUGGUUCCAGCCGAUAAAACCCAUCGAGAAGGGAGACAUCGUAUUAAUAGUAGACAGCAAUCUCCCUCGAAACUGUUGGCCCAAGGGUCGGGUCGUGGAUGUGGUGUUUUCCAAAGAUGGUCAGGUUCGUCGAGCAGCCGUUCAAACUUCACAUGGAAUAUUGGAGAGGCCGGCCGUGAAAAUCGCCGUUUUAGAUGUCGGUUUGAAUAUAAGGUGCCUACACACUCUGGCAAUGAUGCAUUUUCCGCUGGUAAUGAUAAAGCUUUUUUUUGUUACAAGUCACCUCAGAAGUGCAAUUCACUUUAGCCCCGUACGGUGCGUACCUUUAAUAACCAUACAUGGACUUCCGUUCGAAGCCACGGAAUGGGACGGAUUUCGGGAAGUGGUAGAUCCACUGCUCAGGGCCUAUAAGUUGACCAUCAAUAAACACAAAAUUACUCAGUAUGUGACAAAAGCCGCAGAAGGUAUCGACUGGACGAUAGACCAAGAGUUGAACGGGAAGCUGAUUUCACUCAAAUCAGACAUUGUAUCAAAACUGUAUCGAAGCAUGUUGGGAAUCAACUGUCAAUACAUCAACAACAGUGGAGUUGUUGUGAAACGAAAUCUUGGUAUUAUUGAGCUGCACAAUCGUCACACUAGCCAAAACAUCAAAGAAGAGCUGGUUAUUGUGUUGAAAACCUUCGACUUGGAAAUGUGGCAAAUUAUGUCCAUCACAAUUGACAACGCGUCAAAUAUGGUCAAAUUAGUUGACAUUCAAUCAGAUGAGAUCGAAUAUCCAUUGGAGGUUGGAUUUGAGUACCGUGGAGAAGUGGCGAACGAUGACAUAACCACGUUUAACGAACUUGACGCUGAUGAUGAUUUUGAUACGCUUGAUACGCUGGAGCGGGUGCGCCUUUUGGAGGAGUUUGCACCUAAUGCUUUCAUUACCACUAUUCGUUGUGGACCCCACACCACUCAGUUGGUUGUCCACGACGUUUGCAAGGAGAUCGAACACAAGGAUAUUCUGAAAAUGAUCAGGAAGAAGGUGAAGAAGUUCCGGUCGACUGAAUAUAAAGCGUUCUUUGACGUCAGGGACGGAGGUUCAUAUCAACCACUUCCAAACGAAACUCGUUGGAAUUCAGAUUAUAAAAUGUUGCAUGAUCUUAAAAAAAGGACUAACGGAAACGGAAAACACGGAUACUCUGUCUUGGACCUAUCAAACUAUUGGAACUUUAUUAAGGAAUAUGUAGCUGCAUUUAAUCCAUUGUAUCAAUGCACAAUCGCUGUACAAAAACUCGAGUUAAAUCUGUCAGAUUUCUACAUCGAAUGGAUUCGAGCAUAUGGUAGUAUUCGGGAAGAUUCUAAUCGAUUCAAAACGAAGCUCAUUGCAUCAAUGGAUCGUCUUCAAAAUUAGCUGUUUUGUAAUCAUAUCUUCCGGGCAGUUGUUUAUUUUGAUCCGCGUCUCAAUUUCAAUGGAUCGAGUUUGCUCUAUCAGCAUUCUUCGAGUGUAGAAACUGCGUCUUGUGAUAAAUUCAGCCUGAAUGAGUAUUUAACUCGCACCAUUGAAUUGGGUGCUACUCGAACGAUUCAAUCGACUUCCUUGGAACUGAAGAUUCGCAGUAUUCAAUAUCAACGAAGAAUCGAUGCAGAUAAACCCUCCAACGUUAUUCAGUACUGGACAGCGAGGAGAUUUGAGGAGCCGCAAUUUUGGGCGAUUGCUAAGAUCCUUCUUGGUGUGUCUGCAACACAAUGCUCUAUUGAACGAGUUUUCAAUUUAUUUAGUUCCAUUUUGACAAAGUCAAGAAACAAACUGAGUUCAAAAAGUCUCCAAGAUAUACAGAAAGUUCGAACAAGCAGUAGUCUUGUGGAAUCCGCUCUAGCCUACAUAUUCAGCAAAGAUAAGCAUAUUCUGGAAGCCCUUGCAUUAUCAGUAUCUACUUCAUAA